CGCCAAUAGUAGGGACGCCACGGAGCCGGCGCCCCGGAUUUUGUUUGGAGCUAUCUGCUCCGGGCUCCAAACGAACACGGUUUUGGAGACUGAUACGUCGGAAGGGUGCACGACGUCACCUACUAUAAGGGUGAUGGGUAGAUGUGGUGCUACAUUUGAGUACAUCUAACAGGGAAAAGAAAUAUCCUCAACAUGCCAGGUUUCUCAUCCUUUAACGCCAUUAAGUCCAAUGCUUAUAGCUGGACAACUGGUAGAUAUGAAGAAUUUGAUGUAAAGAGUAAAGAUGCAAAUGAACCCGCAGAUGAUAGAAGCCCGUCAAGUAUAUCAGAAGUUGAAAGACCACCCUUACGACAUAUAGAUAAAUACAUUGCCCCAGAAUGUCCUUGUUUAUCAAAACGAUUUACUGUAGCCCUUUUAGCAUGUAUGGGAUUUAUUGUAAUGUUUGGGAUGAGAUGUAAUAUGGGUUUAGCGAAAUUGGAAUUGAAGAAAAUCGAAAAUACGACUUUGUCGUCGGUUGAUUCAUCGAUUUUUUGGGGAUAUUUGGUUACUCAAGUACCGGGUGGGUUUUUAGCAACAAAAUAUCCUGCGAAUCGUCUUUUUGGUGGCGCGAUAGGAAUAUCUUGUUUGCUAAAUUUUUUCGUACCACCUACGUUAAUAGAAGCACCUCAUCUUUUAAUGUGUAUUAGGGUUUUACAAGGACUGGUUGAGGGUGUAACAUAUCCUUCUUGCCAUGGUAUUUGGAGAUAUUGGGCACCACCUUUAGAACGAUCGAAAUUAGCUACUUUAGCGUUUUGUGGGUGUUAUGCUGGGGUAAUGUUCGGUUUACCAAUAGGAGGGAUUUUGGUGAGACAUUCCGGAUGGAAAUCGCCGUUUUAUUUUUAUGGUUUUCUUGGGAUAACUUGGUAUUUGUUUUGGAUUUGGUUGGUGUUUGAGAAACCAAGUAAACAUCCGACUAUUGAAAAUCGAGAAUUACAUUAUAUUCAAAGUUCGUUGGGCGAGAACACUUCAGCACCUCCAACUACUUUUGCUAAUAUCCCUUGGAAAUGUUUUUUCACUUCGCUGCCAGUUUGGGCUAUUUUCGUUGCUAAUUUCUGUAGAUCUUGGAAUUUUUAUUUAUUAGUUUUAUUUCAAGCAUCGUUUGUAAGCGAUGUUUAUUCAAUAGAAAUCGAAGAGAAUGCUCUUCUCGGCGCACUGCCUCAUUUACUAAUGACUAUAAUAGUACCAGCUGGGGGAGUUUUAGCUGAUCACUUGCGAAAAAAAGGGACUUUAACGACAACGCAAGUAAGAAAAUUAUUUAAUUGCGGUGGAUUUGGAAUGGAAGCAACAUUCUUCCUCGUGGUAGCUUUCUCAGGAACAAUUUCCGUUGCUAUUACAGCGUUAACAAUCGGCGUAGCAUUUUCAGGAUUUGCCAUCUCUGGUUUUAACGUUAACCAUUUAGAUAUUGCCCCGAAAUAUGCGAGUAUAUUAAUGGGGUUAUCUAAUGGAAUUGGGACGAUAGCCGGUUGUAUUUGCCCGUUAGUUGUACAUAAAUUAACUGAUGGAGUAACAAAUUUAAAAGAGCGAUCGGAUCAUUGGAGUGCGGUUUUUAUCCUCGCCGCUUGCGUUCAUUUCUUCGGCGUCGCUUUUUAUGGUAUUUUCGCUUCCGGUGAAUUACAACCAUGGGCUGAUUCUGAUGCUCAAGAACAAAGCCAAUGGAAUCCUAUGGAUGAAACUGUUCAAAUGAAAAAAUCAUCUUCCCUCCAAACUAAUGGUCUGUUGCAAACUCAAAUGUCUGCAAAUCCAACGUAUGGAACGGUUGAACCUCCAAAUCAACAACCGAAAUUUCCUCCACCCUCUUACCCAGCUCCACCAACUCCACCAUCCCAAGCUCCUCCUCCAGUUGUAAACGCUGCGAAUCCGUUUUUAACAGGUUCAAACCCAUUUAGAUCGGAAUCAGUUCAACCUCAAGCUGAAGAUACAUAUUUACAUGGUACUAUAGCUGAUAGAACAUAUUAAAAAAAUAUUUCCGUUUAUUCCUUAUACAGGGUGUUAUUUUCAUUUUUUGAGUGAUAGGUUAAA